UUUUUAAUUGGUUCUAUGACGCAAACAUUUGUUUUCAACCAUUUUCAACGUUCGCUCUGAUGAUUGGUGAAAUAUCGUGACGUAGCCCGCAAGCUAGCAAAUCAGAUGUCGACACAUGUAUUUACGUCAUCAAUUUACUUUGGCCACCUUGAGACACAUGAAGAUAAACCGAUACAACCAGUCAAGACGAGACGAGAGUCGGUUGAGCGCAUAUGUGUUGUUGUUUUCAAUGUAAGGCGACCGAACGGAAAAAGGGAGGUUUUUUGUGUAGUUUCGUCCCAAGCUGUGUGGUUUACAGCACUGGGCUUAAAAUAGUCAAAUCGCUGUCAGCGCCUAGUGAUGCAGCCUCGUCGGGGGCGAGGUCAGUCCCAGGUGGGGCUGGGAGUCAUCAUGCUGGCCUCGCAGCUCCUCAAUGUCGGACUGGACCGCAUCCCACCCGUCACCCUGGCUACCAUUGCUGCUCAAGUGGCGCUGUUUCUGAACAUCAUCCGUCCGCCGUGGCACCGGUAUGAUGCCUGUAUCAGUGUGCUCACUGUGCUGCGUCAGGGCGACUACAAGCGCAUCCUCAUUAGCACCUUCGAACAUGCCGACGAGUGGCACCUCUACUACAACAUGGUCUCUUUCCUCUGGAAGGGCAUGCGUCUCGAGCAAAGGAUGGGAAGCCGGCGGUUCGCCAUUCUUCUGGCAGUGUUCUCAGUCUCCUGCAGCAUGACCUAUCUGGCCUUGGCCAAGACUGCUACAGACUUCUUCCACGAUGGCUCAUACUCCAGACAAUGCGCCAUUGGAUUUUCAGGUGUGAUAUUUGCGCUGAAGGUGCUCACUCACCAGCUGGAGAGCGCGCCCGGCACGUGGACCUACCUGUCGGGCCUGGCGGUGCCGGCGCGCUGGGCCGUCUGGGCCGAGCUGGUCCUCAUCCACAUACUGGUGCCGGGCGCCUCAUUCAUCGGCCAUCUGGCGGGCAUUCUUGUAGGCCUGGCUUACACGUACGGGCCGCUAGAGUACGCCGUCAGCUGCCUCGACAAGAUUAUUGCAGCAUUUUCGGCGGCUGCAACUUUGGAGGGCUGCCUUCGGUAUCAUCGGAACUCAGCCUACCAAGAUGGGUGGUGCAAUGCCACGUUCGACAGCAUCCUCUGCUGGCCUCCGACGGCGCCGUCCACUGAGCAGCUGCUGCCCUGUCCACCCUUCAAGGGCGUGGAUCCCAACAAGUUCGCGCGCCGUUACUGUCUGGAGGACGGUAUAUGGCGGGGUCGGGCACACCACGAGACGCUGGUGGGUGGCUGGACCAACUACUCCGACUGCUUCAUCCCCGAGGUGAAGAAGCUGAUGGACCAGCUGUACAGCUCAUCAGGGGACGACGCUGGGAAGAAGCUCACUAUCGCUCGGGUGGGCCGAAUUCUGGAGAUGGUCGGCCUAAGCGUGUCUUUCUGCUGCAUUAUCAUCUGUCUUUUCCUCUUCUGCUAUUUUCGUCGUCUGCGGAACAGCCGGACGCGGAUCCACAUCCACCUCUUCACGGCCAUCCUGGUACUGGUGGUGCUGAGGCUGACGCUGUACAUCGACCAGUACAUCAUCCGAGCCGGCGACAGCAACGACGGCAACGAGCGAGGCAUCGACAACACGCCGGGGCUGUGCGAGCUGUUUUACGUGCUGCAGGAGUGGGCGCGGUCAGCCACCUUUCUCUGGAUGUUCCUCGAGGGCUACUACCUGCACUCGACUCUCACCAGGGACGUGUUCAACGAGAAACCCAACUUUGUAGUAUUCAGCCUGAUCGGCUGGGGCCUGUCCAUUUUGCUGACGUCUGUCUGGGCAAUCUUCAUGGCGUACCUCUACACAGAGACGCAGUGUUGGUGGGGAAAACAUGUGAGCCGGCUUUAUUGGAUCAUCCAAGGACCUCGGUUUAUGGUAAUAGCGGCCAACCUGGGAUUCCUUCUCAACAUAUUAAGAGUUCUUGUCACAAAACUUCACGAAAGCAGCUCAAAUGACGUCCAGAAAGUCAGGAAGGCGGUGCGCGCGGCGCUGUUCCUCCUCCCGCUGCUGGGCAUCACCCACUCGCUGGAGAUGUUCGAGCCGCCGCUGGACCGGUCCGUGGCCGUGUUCGGCUGCUACACCAUCGUACUCGCCGUGCUCGACUCGUUCCAGGGCUUCUACAUCUCGCUGCUCUACUGCUUCCUCAACCAGGAGGUGCGUGAUGCGGUGGUGAAACAAUGGCACGACAUGAGCGUGCAGCGCCAGCUCGGCUGUCGGAGACCGUCGCACAUCGACAGAAAAGCCAGCUGCCGGCUGCUGCACAUGCACAGCGUUCGGACGGAUGCGGAGGCGACUGUCGAGCAAACGGUACCCACCGAGAACCCAUGACAGGAGAGGGCCGGCACCAGUCGGCCGUCCGACCCCGGCGAGCAGCGCCACCUAGCCUCCAACGGCCGCUCCGGACUGCCGCCUGGCGAGCAGACAGUGCUGACAUCUGCCGGCCGCAGUGUGCUGCCAUCUGCGGGCAAACUACUGUCGCCCUCGGCUGGUCGCCUGGCCGAUCGCUCGAGCGAAACACAAAUUGACGCCCUGUGAUUGACUCGCCUUUGCUCGCUCGGCCGAGAGAGGGCGGAGUGUUUUUAGAAGAGGACUGCUUCGCAAUGUGUGAGAGGGAAAGGAGAGAGUCAGAAAGCCAUUGAUAUUUGAGGACAGUGUCAUGAUACGGGUAUCAUCAGACGCAUAUGACUCUCCAGCACGGUCAAGAGCAUGAAAAAAUACGAGAACACCCAAACGAGUACGUCAUGUUGAAUGUAUCAUAGUUGAUAUGAGAUAUAUUUACGUGGGUUGCUGGUUGAUCCAAAGUUCUCUUUCUUGUUGGCUUGUAAACACAAGGGUUUAGUUGGUAAGGAAUAAAAUAGAACGGCGCUCAUAUUAUUGUAGGUAUAACGAAUUCGAGUACCUAGUUACUAUCAAUGGUUUUAUCACUUAGGCGUUGGUUGUGUUCAACAUUAAUCACAGUGACUCACAGACCAGUGAAUUCAACUGAAUGUUAUCACUACGAUGGGGAAUGAUCUAUCAGGCGAGAAUUGCCCAACACUUGAAAUGUAGAUCGUUGCAUCACUCAUUAGUUUAAUGUUAAGCAUACGAAACACCCGCUCAUCAGUGGAGCACAAAGAUCCCACAACAACAACUGGGUUGUGUGUUGUGUGUUGUGGAUGGGGGGGGGGGGGGUAUCGCCGAUGGGGAGAGGCUGCGAGUCACCAGUGUCAUUGGUAUUGAUAUUCCAUACAUGUAUUGGGACUUGGGAUACAUUUGUGAGCGAAUCGAGACAAUAAAUCAAAAAUGAAAA